UAUUAUUUAUUUCUUCUUCCGCUUUGUAAGAACCUGAAUCUCUUCCCCUUCUACUGCUUCUGCUUCUGCUUCAUCUUCUAUGGUGUCUAAUAACCCGAAUCCGUCCGAGGGAUUCUACUUGGAUCCAUCGGGAAUGGCGUUGCCAGGGCUGGGGCCGUUUACAACCACCAUGGCCGCGUCAGAGGAUUUGUCCAAGAAGAUUCGUAAGCCCUACACAAUUACCAAGUCUAGAGAGAGCUGGACUGAGCCCGAGCACGACAAGUUCCUCGAAGCUCUUCAGCUUUUUGAUCGUGAUUGGAAGAAAAUUGAAGCUUUUGUUGGAUCGAAAACUGUUAUACAGAUACGUAGUCAUGCACAGAAGUACUUCUUAAAAGUUCAGAAAACUGGAGGUGGUGAGCAUUUGCCUCCUCCACGACCGAAAAGGAAGGCUGCUCAUCCAUAUCCUCAGAAGGCUUCAAAAAAUGUUGCCAUGCCUUCUCAAGUGCCAGGGUCAUUUCAGUCGACGUCUCCUCUACUUGAACCUGGAUGCACCAUAAGGCCAGAUUCAUCUUCAAUACUUGCACGUCCGGCACCAGGUGGAGCUGUACCUUCUUGGCCAGUGAACUCUGUCCAGCCACUCAAUUCAUCACAAGUGCCAACAACAGCAAAUAAUUGUUGCAGUAGUACUGAAAGCCCUUCAAAAGCAUGCCCUCUUGUUGAAACAAUUGAUCAAGGAAGUAACACUCAUUCUUUUAGAGUUCUGCCAGAUUUCACACAAGUUUACAGCUUCAUUGGCAGUGUCUUUGACCCAAAUGCUUCAGGUCAUCUGCAAAAGUUAAAAAGGAUGGACCCAAUUGAUGUUGAAACUGUUCUGCUGUUGAUGAGAAACUUAUCCAUCAAUUUGAUCAGUCCUGAUUUUGAGGAUCAUAGGAGGUUGCUUUCAUCCUAUGAGAUAGAUUCGGGGCCAAUUCGGCAUGGCGAUAUGGAUAAGCCCAUCUAUGUCGAUGAUCAUAAACCCAAAUUGGUAGCCAACUAGUUGGCACAGGAGGAGGUGAUAAGCAGCAUGCUGCUGCUAUUCGAACAGAAUACCGAUCGAUGCUGAGGGAUUGCCCGAAAAUAAAAAGCACGGCGACCCAAAAAAAAGCUUGCCAAGUAUGUAUGCCUUAUGCAAUGUUGUGAGGUCGCUUGCAUUAUAUAUAUUUUUUUGUGCUCAGUUAUUUUGAUGCGUCUUUUGUACAUAACAUAGCCACAAAAUCGUGUCCUGGCCUUUGUUUGUAUAGAGAUGGAGAGCCCUUGAAAUAGUGCUGUAUAGCCCUUAGGUAGGGAAGCCCUGUAUUCGAGUUUUGGCAGUUAAUUUGUAAACGGUUUUGUAAACUUUUAGUCCUAUGAUCAACUUUUGGAUUAUUACAAAUA